AUGAUGAGCGUUCGGCGCAGUUCUCGUCAGCGACGUAAGCCUACGCCGAUGUACCAAGUACAAGAUACACGUAUCAGUGAUGAUGAUAUGAAUAUAGAAGAGGAAGAACAAGAUACACUAGCAUUUAACGAUCGCCACGAGGAAAGCAGUGAUGAAGAACGGAAUGAUAAGGACGAGGAAUUUACGCCUUCUGGAACGAAGAUUGGGAGACCUCGAAGUGCACAGAAAAUAGCGCGGACACCAAGAGCUAAGAUGAACCCCAGUAGACGCAAGCGUUCUCCAUGGAGUCAAAUGAGGAGCUUACGAUCGAUUGGAGAGGGCAAGACGAAAAAGAAACAUGCAGCAUUGAAAGACGUAGAGAAUGUGGCAGAUGUAGUUGUGCAGAAUGACGAUCUGAACGACGAGGGACAGUCGCUAUUUGAGGCGAUUAAGAAAGGUAAAUUGUCGUUGGAGAAUCUCAUGAGUAAGUGGCACGAUCGGUUUGAGAAGGACCGCGAAAAAGCAACGAAGGAAGUGCUGAAUCUAGUGCUGCAGGUCUGUGGAGGUACUGAACAAUGCGUUCCUCACUUAACGUCAUUAGAUCAGCUGGAAAUGGGAGAUUUGGUUAAUCACGUGAUGGAGGAUCUUGAGAAUGCAAAUGGCGAAUAUCUGUUAUUGUCUCGUGGAAAGAAUGCAAAGAAGUUCCAGCUUCAUUUUGAGGAGUUUUGGGAAGCAUUUGUAAAGGAGUGCUACGAAAGCGAGAUUUUACUUACGUCAGAUCUUGCAUAUAAUUUUAUCGACUGGCUAACUACCUUAUCAAGCUCCGAACUUCGGCCAAUACGACAUACUUCGACUGUUGCUGUGUUAGCGCUGAGCAAUGGGUUAGUGCGUAUUGUUGCGAGUAUUUCCGAGCAUUUGGCAAUAGCAAAGAGACAGCUGAACGCGGAAACAAGCUCGCCUGGUAUUACUACGCCUGGCGCUACUAAAAGUCCAAAUGUCCAAAAAGUGGCCCUUCUGCAGGAAAAUCAAGCGCUUUAUGAGAGUCGGCUUGAGGAGGUGCUAAAGCUCGUCAAUUUGAUAUUUACUGGAGUCGUGGUGCAUCGAUACCGCGAUGUAAUGCCAGAGAUUCGUGUGUCAAGCAUACAGUGUCUUGGGCACUGGAUCACCACCUUGCCUGAUCAUUUUUUGAAGGACAAUUAUCUGAAGUAUCUUGGCUGGCUUCUAAGCGACAAGUCAGCGUUAGUUCGCCUUGAAGUGGUCGAGAUUUUGUGUGAGCUGUACGAGAAUGAUGCGUUCACGGAAAGAUUGGAGCUGUUUAACUCUCGCUUUUUGCCACGUUACUUGGAGCUCUGCAACGAUAUAGACGACGCUGUUGUUGAACAAAGUAUCCAUCUUCUCAUUGCCGUUGACAAAUGCAGUCUCAUUAGCUCCGAUAUCGAGAUAUCUCUCGUUGAGAGGUUAGUGUUUGAUGCCGAGCGUGAAGACAUCCGUAGAGCAGCCGCAGAGUUUGUUUGUCUUCAAUAUGAUGCAUUUGGAGUUGCAGUGUCAAGGACAAAGAACGCACAGCUAAAGAAAGAACAGCUCAAUACUCAGGCAAUUGCUUUGGUAGAGUUUGCAGAGGAAUACAUUCAAAAUCACGGUGUCCCAAAGUGCGCAGUGGAGACGCUUGUCGAUGCUUUCUGGGGUCUAGAGGAUUGUCUUGUCCUUCAAGAUUGGAGACUGAUGACAGAUUUGCUUUUAGUGGACAAAAUGGCACCAGAUCUGAGCAGCGACCAGCAAACUAUUUUGCUGCGACUUCUUGUGGCGUCUGUAACCAAGCUCGUGGGAGAUGGUGCUAACCGUGGAGUGAAUUCUGGUGCUAGACGAGAGUCUGAGCAGUUGCAAGAAGAAAUUACCGUUGCGUAUUGCAAAGAUAUCCCCAGCUUGUUUGUUGUAUAUCAAGCGGAUUCGGACAAGCUAUUAUUGCUCUUGCAAUUGAUUCCAAUGUUGUCACUAAAGAGUGAGGUGAUUGGCCACCAUAGCGUUCAUAUCAAAGAGCUUCUUGAAAAGCUGAAGCACGCGUUUCUGUUGCACUCUGAUAAAGAGUUAUUAUCGAGUUUAUCGCUUUCCGUAGCACAUUUGCUGCAAACUGAACACGCCUCGCUGAAACGGGAGGUAGAAGCGAUUAUGCACGAGCUAGUCCAAGAGGUCAUUGACAAACUUGAUCGGCUUUUGGAAGCUGACCUUAAGUUGUACGAGACAUGUGUUACUACAGGCGCUGGCAACUUCGAAAUGAGCAGCAGACGGACCAGGAAAGCGAAAAGGAGUCCAACAACGAAGGAAAUAUCGGACGUCGAGUACGCCCUGCGUAACUCUCUGUGUCGACUUAAGUGCUUGGCGAGCUAUGUGAAUGUGCGGAUAUACAUUCCUUCUGACUUAUCAUAUGGAGUGGACAAAACAAAUGACCACAUGCCCGUACCGGAUUUGCAGCGGUUUGACAAACUUAUCUCGGCGGUGGGAGUGUUAUUGUGCCGGCGGACGAAAUCAGUGUCUGAGCUACAUGAAGGAUUUCGGUACGUCGACACCAUUAAACACGGUCUGACAAUCAUUUAUUUGGAUCUGUUGUGGAUCAGCUCGCCAGUCUUUAGAAUGAUCGUAGAAGAGAAGAAGCAAGACUUAUCAGAAAGUAAGAGCGAAACUACUGGGACCGUGGCUAGUCCUUCUAUCCAGGUCCAGAUCCAACAAGUAUAUCGAUCGCGAUCCACGCUUGAAGAGGUGUUAAUUUCUGUACUGGAGAUGCACCUGGCUAGAACCAAUAAAGUUGCUGACGACGAACAAAACGAAAGCGAAGAAACUCAUGAUGAGCAUCAAUUGAUGGAGUCGAUGGAAGAGAUCGAGUUUAAGGACGAGGAUGUGACAUCAUACGUACGUGAAGCCCAACGCUUUGCUUUUAUAACGUUUUGCGAUGCACGAUGUCUGUUUGUGGAGAAGUUUCAGGACGCACCAGCUCCAUACAAUGCACUGAAUUGGACUUUGCCAAAAGUGCUAAUUUUGCUCACACAAAUGCACUUUGAGAGAGAGAUGGAUGACGUUGAAGACGAAGAGCCAGAAUUUGAAGAUAAUACAGAGAAUAAUGACCCCGAGACUGCAAAGAACAACAAGGAUGCUAUCAAUGACUGGAAACAAAAGCAGCAACACAAAGCUGAGGUGCUAGUAGCACUUGGUCGUGUGUCUCUCUGCAAUCCAAGACAGAAACACCAAGCUGCUGCAAUUUUACAGUAUUUCACAUCGAGUAGCAAGCCUAGUGUCGAUGUGGUGAAGGCAUUUGGCAAACAAGUGAAAAUUGAUGCUCCCGUGCGUUACCUCGAAAUUCAAAUGACAGCGCUUCGCCAAAUGUUUAGCUCGAUUCUAGUUUGGAAGCAAGACAUCGAAACAGCUGAACCAGGCAAAGAUGAGGAUCAUGUUUUGGAGGUAGAAGAUUUGAAGGAGAAGGUGGACAGCAGCAAUCGUGAGUUGAAGGAGCUAGCAAAGAGGUUCAGUCAGUCUCUUGGCGUCGGAAAAAUUCCUGCGGCAUUGCGAGUUCCAUUUUUUCGGUUCAUCCGUGAAGGUGUCCGCUAUUCUUUAGAACAACCUACCCAGUUUGAGUUUUUAGAAACAAUGCGCGUAUAUCUGUCGCACCUGGACAACUCAAGCAUGGCACAGCUGCAUGAUUAUUUUAUGGAGCAACUACGAAAUAUACGCGAUAUCCCUGAUGACAAUGAAGACUUGGACCCUAGAUGGCGGGUUGUAUUUGACUUUCAGGCAUCGAUUACCUCCGGUAAUGUUGGAAAUGGAAGGACCCGAACAUUUACUGAAGUACGUAACUCACCACCAUUGAAACGUAUGCGGCGGUCUGCUAGCUCCGAACCUACACCGAUGCAAACAACAUCCAUUGCAGAAGAGAGCGAAGAGGAAAAUGAAAGUGCAUGUAGUGCAGGUGCUGAAGGAGAAAGUGCUGCUAAGAUAACUGCAGAUGGAAAACAGGACGACCGUGAUAAUCGACAAGAGUCAUCCAUACGCAAACGCACGGCUUUGUCCGAUGACGAUACCGAUUCGACGCACUCCUUGCAACUUCGGAAGCGAUCACGACGUGAACGAAAUGAGAUGUUGAGUAAUAGUGACAAGGUAUCAGGCAUCAGCAAAAUUGAUGUUGAUAGUCAGCACCAUGAUGAAUCAGAAAGCGAAGAUGUGCCAUUUCAAAGUGACCAGGAAAUGCAGUCGGCGAACGUAAAUGUGCGCAUGGGGAAGCGAAAGAAUGAGGAAGAAGCGGAGGUGGAUACGAGGUAA